ACUGCCAAAGUGUCGAAAAAAUGAUGGAAUCAUCCCUCGUGGUUUAGUUUCCAAAAAGCAAUGCCCUUCACAAGAGGUUGUAUGGCAGAUCCCCACCUUCCCAUGUUACAACUUCCCCUCUUACCUGUCCCUACGUUCCCUACAUUUUAUAAAACCUCUCACCUCCCUCUCUUCCCUCUCCCUCCAAUCUCUCUCUCUCUCUCUCUUCACAUUACUCACACACUUUUCAUAAUGUGUAGCUCUAAGGCUAAAGAAACUAUAGUCCUAGAAUCUUCCACAACACCUCCUCAUGUUUCUAGAAUCAAUGGAAGACAAGUACUUCAACCUACAUGCAACCAUGUUCUUGUUCCAAAUCUUGAAAGAAGAAACUCAAUGAAAAAACUUACAUCAAAAUCACUUUUUUCACCACCACUUCCAAACAAGACUUCUACUACUACUACUACUACUUCAUUGUCACCACCAAUUUCUCCAAAGCCAAAAUCUCCUACUAGACCAUUCUUAGCUAUAAAGAGAGGAAAUGACAACAAUGGAAUGAACUCAAGUUGUGAAAAGAUUGUUAUACCAAAAAACACAAUGAAAACUCCAUGUUUAGAGAGAAAGAAAUCAAAGAGUUUCAAAGAAGGGUCUUAUGGUGUUGAAGCUUCUUUGAGUUAUUCUUCUUCUUCGAUCACUGAUUCUCCAGGAAGUAUAGCGGCAGGGAGAAGGGAACAGAUGGCACUUCAACAGGCACAAAGGAAAAUGAAGAUUGCUCAUUAUGGAAGAUCGAAGUCUGCGAAAUUUGAAAGAGUUUUUCCUAUUGAUCCUUCAAGUGCUCUUGAUUUAAAGACUAGUAAUGAAGAGGAGAAGAGGUGCAGCUUUAUCACAGCCAAUUCAGAUCCUAUCUAUAUUGCUUAUCAUGAUGAAGAAUGGGGAGUUCCUGUUCAUGAUGACAAGAUGUUGUUUGAACUUCUAAUUCUAAGUGGUGCUCAAGUUGGAUCUGAUUGGACCUCAACCUUAAAAAAACGCCUAGAUUUCAGGGUUGCAUUUUCAGAAUUUGAUGCAGAAAUUGUGGCCAACUUCACUGAUAAACAAAUGAUAUCUAUUAGUUCAGAAUAUGGCAUUGAUAUAAGCAAAGUUAGAGGAGUUGUUGACAAUGCUAACCAAAUUUUACAAGUUAAAAAAGUGUUUGGUUCAUUUGACAAAUACAUAUGGGGAUUUGUGAACCAAAAACCAAUCUCAACUCAAUACAAAUUUGGCCACAAGAUUCCAGUGAAGACAUCAAAAUCAGAAAGCAUAAGCAAAGACAUGAUUAGGAGAGGUUUUAGGUUUGUUGGUCCAACAGUGGUUCAUUCAUUUAUGCAGGCAGCUGGCCUAACAAAUGAUCACUUAAUCACUUGCCAUAGGCACUUGCAAUGCACUUUCUUGGAAGCUAUGUAAGAGAUUGUUAAUUGACCCUACAAGAGCUCAAGAGAUGGAUUGAAAGUAAUGUAAUUCAAUGUGCUAACUAUAGUUUACUUCAUGUUAAUUGUUGUGUAUAGUAUUAGAGAUAGGUUUAAAAGUUUUUCUUUUUCUUUCUGAUUUGUGAGUUGUUGUGAGAAUUUUAAUGAUAAGUUUGAGUGUGCUAAAGCUUUUUCAUUUGCAUAAUUCAAGAAGAAAAAGGUUUUGGAUGGUCA